AUGGUUAAAAACUGCGCUAAGUGCUCUAAUGCAAUCACGGGCAUCGAUUUCGUUAUCUGCCGCGGCUACUGUGGUGCAGUUUUUCACAUGAAUGCCUGUUCUGGUGUAACUCGUGCGCUGCAGUCAUACUUCGCAUCCAACAGAAACAACCUUUUUUGGAUGUGUGACCAAUGCGCUGAGCUUUUCGAAAAUUCGCAUUUUCGUGCUAUCACGCGCCAGGCAGACGAACAAUCUCCUCUAUGCACGCUCACGACUGCGAUUACUGAGUUGCGCUGCGAAAUAAAACAUCUGCACUCUAAGCCCGUUGCUGAGUUCUCACCCGCUACAAGCAUAGGCUGGCCAGCACUUGAACAGCGCAGAGCUUUGAAACGUCCCCGCGAGACCGAUUACACUACGCGAGCUCCCGAGAAUUGCCAAAUAGGAAGCAAAAAGCCGAUGGAAAAUGUUGUUUCAGUGCCUAUUUGUAACAAUAAUGCUGAUCGGAAAAUCUGGUUAUAUUUAUCCAAAAUUCGUCCCGACGUCUCUGUGGAAGCGGUAUCGGCUAUGGUCAAAGCCAAUCUCGGGAUUGAAGAUAAUAUUUCCGUGGCGAAGCUCAUCCCGAAGGGUAGAGAGUUAGAAUCUCUUACUUUCCUAUCCUUUAAAAUUGGCCUCGACCAUUCGACCAGAGAAAAAGCACUGGAUCCAUCAACAUGGCCCGAAGGUUUGCUGUUUCGGGAGUUCGAAGAUUACGGCUCCCAAAAAUUUCCAUUUCCACCGAAGCACAAGAAGCCAACAACACUGUUGCUGCCACCAGAAACUACACAACCUCCGAUCACGCCUAUAACGAGUUUGAUUCCUCCAGCCCGGGACGCAACAAUAUAA